AUGUGCGUUUCUGACGGUGAUGAAGAAAUCUAUUUUUUUAUUUUGAAUGAUUCUAAGUAUUGGUUAUCUGUUCUUCGGCGGACAGUGGGUGUGGUGAAGUUUUUAGCUGAGCGUGGUUUGCAACUUUGUGGACAUGAAGAGAAAAUUGGUUCAGUACACAAUGGUAACUUUAUGGGAAUCCUCGAGUUAUUAGCUCUUUAUGAUUUUUUUUUGGUUACACAUAUUGAUAAGCAUGGCAACCUAGGCCGUGGCAAAACAUCAUAUUUAUCUUCUACAGUCUGUGAUGAACUUAUUAAUUUGAUGGGUCAAAAAGUACUUUUGUUUAUUGUUGAUGAAAUAAAAAAAGCAAAAUACUGUAGUGUGUCAAUUGAUUCAACACCUGACUUAUCGCACGUCAAUCAGUUGUCUGUGACAGCUCGUUAUGUAAACAAAGUUGAACCAAUUGAGCAUUUUUUGGCCUUCAUUAAGUUUAAAAGUCACACUGGAAUUGGAUUAUCAAAUGCAUUAUUGGAGUUCUUAGAAAAAGAUAAUAUUGACAUUGGCAACUGUCGUGGUCAGACGCAUGAUAAUGCAUCGAAUAUGUCUGGAUGUUAG